GAUAAAAGAUACAGAGAAUGUAAAUAUGUCUUCAAAGUUAGUUGUUUUAGAAGUGAAAGGAAAAUUGUAUUUCGGCUUUAACGAAGUAGAGAAUGCUGAUGAAUCUUGUUUGUUACAGUUAGUUACACGAUAUCCCGCAAUAGAAAGCGUAUGAUGAUCAUAGGCGGUUACAGGUUCUCAUUACAAUACGCUCGUAAUACUAAAGAGAGGUGGCAGUGCAGUAGAAGGAGCUAUUAUGGGUGCAAGGCUGUCGUACGCCUUAAUAAUGGGGUGUUGCGUUAUAGAAACGUAGAACACAAUCAUGAACCAUGAUUGGAUAUUUUAUUUUAGCUUAAAAUUGUGUGUGGUAUUGUGUUAAAUCGUAUCGAUUGGGAUAAUGGUCGAGAUCUCUAUAAAUUACCCAUAUUCAAUUAUAGACGCUAUCAUACUCGUUUGGGUUUUAAAUAAUAACUUGCA